AUGGCCACCUUUGUGGAGCUCAGUACCAAGGCUAAGGUGCCUGUCUUGGGCCUGGGCACCUUCCAGUCUGGCUUAGGAGAAGUCAGAGACGCUGUGAAGGGGGCCACUGACACAGGAUAUCACCACUUGGACUGUGCUUAUGCCUACGAGAAUGAGCAUGAGGUGGGUGAAGUGAUCCAAGAGAAGAUCCAAGAGAAGGCUGUGAAGCGGGAAGAACUCUUCAUAGUGAGCAAGUUGCAGCCCACCUUCAUGGAGAAGCAUCUAGUGAGGGAAUCCUGUCAGAAGACCCUCAAGGAUCUGAGACUGGACUGUCUGGACCUCUACCUUAUUCACUUUCUACAGGCAUUACAGCCUGGGGAGGACUUUACUCCCAAAGACGACAAAGGCAAUACCAUCAACAGUAAAGCAACAUUCUUGGACACUUGGGAGUAGGCCUUGGAGGAGCUGGUGGACGAGGGGCUGGUGAAAAACAUUGGGAUCUCGAACUUCAACCACUUUCAGAUCGAGAGACUCUUGAACAAACCUGGACUGAAAUACAAACCAGUGAUUAACCAGAUUGAGUGUCACCCAUACCUCACACAGGAGAAAUUGAUCCAGUAUCAGUCCAAGGGCAUCAGUGUCAUGGCUUAUAGCCCGCUAGGCUGUCCAAAUAGAUCUGGGGCCAAACCAGAGGACCCUUCUCUACUGGAGGAUCCCAAGAGUAAUGAGAUUGCUGCAAAGCACAAAAAAUCCACAGCCCAGGUUCUGAUCCAUUUCCAGAUCCAGAGGCACGUAAUUGUAAUUCCCAAGUCUGUGACGCUCGCACACAUCACCGAGAACUUUCAGGUCUUUGACUUUAAACUGAGCGAUGAGGACAUGGCGACCCUACUCAGCCUCAACAGAAACUGGCGGCUGAAAAGUCUGGAGGAGUAUCCCUUUUAUGCAGAAUAUUCAAGCUGA